AUCAGUAUUACGAUAGAGUCUCUCCAAGCAGGGCGCCGAUACCAUUCUGCAAAAAACCGCCCGGCCCAGCUUCUUCUUCUCGACACAGGUUCCCGACGCCGCUGCCAGGAAGCCAAAGGGAAGCCCAAGGCUCACUCCGAGACUCCGAGAUUCACUUGACAGCCUUUACAGUGAAAAUCCGCACAGUGUGCCUCGCAGCGCAUCGUGUGUUUGCGUGCGUGCGUGCGUGCGUGAAGUGUACUACAUCCUACUCCAACUCGGCGAGCACCGGAGUAGCAUAAUUUAAUCGAACGAAAACUACGACAACAAGAAAGGAAGCAAAAUGUUCAAAAAUCAUCUAGCCAUGAUCGGCAUGAAUGAGACGCCGAACAAGAAGGCAAAGUUUUGGCAAUCGUAUAUCCGAUCCUUGAAAGGAUCCGAUGAUAUCCGUGCACACGACACUCCAGCCUACCGGCGACCAAUCCUGCUGUUCGACGAGCCGGAUACUGCGGUCGGCCGUAUCAACUCCCCCGGCUACCACUAUCUGCCAGUGCACCGGGAAACGUAUGGCUACUCGCCCCGGCCAAUCUACGACCAUCACUAUGUGCGCUCGCAGCGUGCCCCAAGCGUGAACCGACUGGCCGAUGCGGAGAAGGCCUGGGCUGACCACCUGGAGCGAAUGAGGGACAUCGAUCGCAGAUACCCAUCGCGUUACGGGCUGUAUCUGAAGGAUAAGCCAAGCCAGGUAGUGUUUCCACAGGAAGUCGAAUACGAACCGGAGGCGAAGCCGUUGUACUCGGCGCUCCACUAAGGCCAGCGCAUGCACGGCCGCUCGGGGUUGUGUUGGCGCAGCACCACCUUGCCGAACGACUCGAACAAUGAUCGGAGUUGAAGAACAACAACAAAAAACACUAUUUACCUCUCUCUCUCUCUUCUAUACCACGGAUUGAAUUUGUAAUAGUCGUUGCUAUAUAUAUAUAUAUAUAUAUAUAUAUUUAUAUAUAUUGUUUGUGUGUUUUGUGUGCCACACAUGUAACACUCUGCCUAUCGAUACACCGGGAGUCCUGGCACACACCUGGUCCACGAGCACACCGGGAUCGGUUUUCCUUCGUUUUGUUCUUCAGCGGAUCCCUCUUCGCACCAUGCCCAUCCCCACCGCUUGUUACUGUACCCCAGAGAUGAUCAACGGGCAAAGGAGUGUUUGGGUGUUUGUGUUUUCGGCUGCUCCUACUUCGUUUCCCGUCCCACCAAAACGAAAAGAAAAAAAAACCUUACAACUAACAACCUCAACGAUUAUGGGUUUGGUUGUGAUCAGAGUGCAGAGAGGUGCGUGGCGCGUGUGUGUGCGGCUGAGUGUGCGUAUGUGCGUCUUUAUAAAAAAAAGAGAGAGAAGAAAAUGGGCGAAAAGAAUAACGAACCAACGAAACGAAAGAAGGAAGGAAAACAAGCAGUAUCAUAUCAUAAAAGUAUUAUAGCGUGAAACCCAGGGAUGGUCAGGCUCCGCUUUGUGGCCUUUCCUCCGCUUCUACACUUGCAAUCGAACGGUGAUUUGCCACCGGACACCAAUAUCGAAUCCACAUUCUCUCACACGCACGCACACUCGCACAGAAUGGCAAACUAUACUGUCUCACUGUCCUCAUGCCAUGUCCUAACCCAAAAACCUAAUUUACACUUUACUGACGUAGUAGCACACGCCGCCAUUUGGGAGCAUGGUCAGAUGACUGUUGUGGAAAUGUACCCUCCCCACCCCCCUCCCCCUUCACAUCCACCCGUGUUUAAUUCUACCGCUACCGAAAGCAAACCGCGCACUUAUUCAGUUUAACUUUAUGUUUAACAUAAAUAGAGAGUAUAUAUUUAUAUAUAUAUUUGCCGAACUGGCCUGUAUUGGAGGGGGAGUGGGUUAGAAAGGUCCCCAAAAUAACAAACAAAAGAGGGAAAAUGAGGGGGGAGGGGAGGAAAACAGUGGGCGACAUUCUUGCGAUAGGACAACGCGCACGGACUCAAGGGUAGCUGAAUGCCAGCACAAGAGUCCUUCACAAGAUAUUCAUAACUCUACCUCCCCACCCCUCGAUCCCCACUUAUCACCGCUCCUCCCCUUCAUCCCUUUCUACAUCGACCACCCCCACACAAACACGAAUACAAACAAACACAGGCUACAGGGACGCUGGCCGGUCGGAGAUGCACCAGGGAGGGGGGGGUUGAAUCGAGAGUGAGUUUCACACGAAAAUGUGUAACAAGGUAUUCAAAAGGACACACACAUACACACAUACACACAUUCAAUUAGCUCAUCGCGUAUCGCUUUAUUGUUAGCCAAUUACCGGUCGGUCUCUAAUAACACUUGCUUUGCUGACGAAUACACGUUCGGGGUUUUUUUUGGUUUCCUUUGUUUUUUUUUGUUAUCAAGUUUUUUUUUGGGGUUUUUGUAAUACAAUAAAAAAAAAGCACAGCUGCCUGAGUUGUGACUGGUGAACACACCUCCAGAAUGCUCCAGUGAAUAAAAAAAAAACAAAUCUGUAAAAGGAAAAAACCUAAAUAAAAUCGAGACCUAGAGACGGA